AUGAAGCUGUUUGUUGUCCUGUUUGCACUAGCUGCCUUCGCAAUGGCCGAAGCCGGUCCAAAUCUGGAAGCGAGAGCUGGGUGCUCACAGAGGGGACAAUACUGCAACGGCGGCACAUUCCUGUGCUGCCCGGGACAAGGGAGCUGCAGUGGAAAUGUGAUAUGGUCAAACAUAUUAGCAGAUGGCUGA